CAUCGCAAUUUCGAAUUUUUAAUAUGGCAACUCGCCGCGCGACCCGUUCAUUGGCGCCUCCUUUCCUCACCUCCGAGCGGGCAUAGGCUGUUUUGGUAUAACCAUACAAGCAUCCGCCUUCUCCCCUGACUCUUGUCCCUUCACUUCACAUCUCGAGUGCACACCGAGUGAUUCAAGUCCAAGAUCAGUCACCAUGGAUAUCGUGUUGGAGCUGACCGAUACUUUCAUCGCCGACUAUGUCUACGCAUGGGCGCACCCUGCGAAGCCUGCCCCUUACGACUAUCCGGCAGGCACUGCUGCUAACGCGACCGCACAAACGUUCUCGUCAUGGACAUGGGAACCCGCCACACAACUCCUCCAGAUCCAGCCGUCGCAAGCAGCCUACAUGAGCGCAUGGACGCGUGACAAUGUAUGGCGGCAGCUGAUCACGCUCUACUUUAUUGUCUGGAUUUUCGGCCUUGUCGUAUACUUCUUGUUCGCCUCGUUAUCCUACUACUUCAUCUUCGACAAGAGGACCUUGAACCACCCCAAAUUCAUCAAGAACCAAAUCUGGCUGGAAAUCCUUCAGGCCAACAAGUCCAUGCCGUUCAUGGCUCUCUGCACCGCACCUCUCAUGGCGCUCGAGGUGCGCGGCUUCAGCAAACUCUACGACACGACCGAGCAAGGCCCGGGCCUGUGGUACAACUUUGCGCAAUUCCCCCUGUUCCUGGUGUUCACGGACUUUGGCAUCUACUGGAUUCACCGAUACUUGCACCAUCCUCGCAUCUACAAGCAUCUCCACAAGCCUCACCACAAGUGGAUCAUGCCGACGCCGUACGCCAGCCACGCUUUCCAUCCGUUGGAUGGGUUUGCGCAGUCCCUGCCGUAUCAUAUCUUCCCAUUCAUUUUCCCACUCCAGAAGGCGGCCUACGUCGCUCUCUUCGUCUUCGUCAAUUUCUGGUCAAUCCUCAUUCACGAUGGCGAGUAUUUGACCAACAACCCAGUGGUCAACGGAGCAGCUUGCCAUUCUCUUCACCACUCUCGUUUCGAAGUCAACUACGGACAAUUCUUCACGGCAUUUGAUCGCCUCGGCGGUACCUACAGAACACCUGAGGCGUGGAUGUUCGAGAAGGAGAAGAAGAUGUCAGAGAAGCAGUGGAAGGCAGAGUCAACAAAGGUGGAUACUUUUGUGAAGGAGAUUGAAGGCUCCGAUGAUCGCACUUACGACCCUCCGGUUGACAAGAAGAACAUCUGAUAGACCGGCUCGCGAAGCGUUUCGCAAAUACUUUUAUAGAUCAUGAGGCUCAUGUACAUAGCUCGGGCAUCACUUCUUAGGGAACAUACAUUAAUGGAGGGGUUUGGGGGACUAUAUGUGAUGGACCAGUAGCACGAUCUCCACGAUUAGAUCGGGCGCCAACUUCAAUGAGGGUUGGGUCAUCAAAUAGACUUAAUUAAUGAGAUAUCAAAGAACGCCA